AUGACUUCGUGGACCCAUGCGGUCUUCUUCGCACCCUAUGAGAAGAAGGACUCAAGGUGGUGUUCAAAAGUCCUCUGGAUGUUCCGCGGAUUCACCGGCGAUCCAGAGGAUCCUGGGCGCCGAAUCCAAUGUCCGAAGUACGACGCUAAAGACCCAUCCACCACCGUGUACAAUCCCAAUGCCCGGUCUUUCGCCAUCCCUCAAACUGGCCCCCUGAUAUAUAAGGCAGGCCCUCUUCUCGUCGAUCCUGAAUAA